GUAUUCAUUUUCCACAAAAAAAAAAAAAAAAAAAAAGGAUUUUAGCUUUAAUUUCCAGCUUGCUUCAAGCUUAUGCUUUUUCAAGUCAAGAAAGGGAAAGACAGGUGCCCAAAAUUGCCUUACCUGCUCCAGCUGCUUCUUUGACUGAACCAAAACAAGGGUCAUUAAUGUCUCUUGCUCCUGCUCUGGCUCAUCUUUCUUUACCCUCUUCACCAACCAUCAAAGCUUAUUUGAAAGCUCUUCUUAUGGAUAUCUAACCCUGUUUGAAUUAUGGGUUUGUUCAAAGUUAGAACCUUGUGUUUCGGUCUACUUUUGGCCUUCAAAAUCUGUAUUGCUGCGGAUCAACUUGUUGGCCGGUUAUAUCCAGGAUUCCAAGCAUCUCAGAUGCAAUGGGUGGAACAUGAUGGCAAGUUCCUCUUAUCCAAAAAUAAAAUAUUUGGUUUUGGCUUCUAUACUGCCUUGGAUGCUCAAAGUUUUGUCUUGGUUAUCAUUCAUCUUCAAGCUUCCCAAGUUGUUUGGACUGCUAAUAGAGGAGGCUUGUUGGUAGAAAAAUCUGAUAAGUUUGUAUUUGAUAGCAAUGGAAAUGUGUACUUGGAAAGAGGAGAUAGGUUUGCUUGGGCCACAAACACUACCGGAGAAAGGGCGACAUCUCUGGAAUUGCUGGAUUCAGGUAACUUGGUACUUCUUGGGGACAAUGGAAGAACUCUUUGGCAGAGUUUUAGCCAUCCCACUGAUACCCUUUUAUCUGGCCAGGAUUUUGUGGAAGGAAUGAGACUCAAAAGUUUUCCCAGAAGGAAAAAGAGUGAUUAUCUUGAAUUUGAGUCUGGGGAUUUGGUCUUAUACACAGGGUUUCAGAUUCCGCAAACUUAUUGGUCUUUGUUACACGAAAUCAAGACAACCGGUAAGAAUUUUACUGGCACAGUUUAUUCUGCAAUUUUAGGAUUCAACUCAUGGAACUUUUAUGAUCACAAUAAAGUGUUGAUAUGGCAGUUCAACUUCUCUCAGAAUUCUGAUAUGAAUGUCACAUGGGCUGCCAAAUUAGGAUCAGAUGGAGCAAUUGUGUUCUAUAAUCUUCACCAGGGAAGAAGACCAAUUGCUGAGGCAAAAAAGAUACCCCAAAACCCCUGCAACAUUCCCGAGACUUGUCCCCCAUUUAUGGUGUGCUAUUUUGACACUGUGUGUCAAUGUCCUAAACAACUUGCGCAAACCGAUUGCAGUCCACCAAUAACCUCCACCUGUAAUUCGGCAGAUCUACUCUAUGUUGGUGAGAUGCUCGAUUAUUCUGUGCUUGAGUUUGUCAAACCCUAUAUGAACGCCGACAUAAAUGCUUGCAAGAAAGCUUGCAUGGGAACCUGCUCUUGUUCUGCAUUAUUCUUUGAAAACAGCACAGGGAAUUGCUUUUUGUUUGAUCAAAUUGGAGGUCUGAAGCGUGCUGAGGUGGGUUCUAGUGGUUUUGUUUCAUUUUUGAAGGUAUCAAGGAAUGAAAGUGGCUGGCAAAAUCAUGCUAAAGGAAGCACAAAUGAAGCUAAGCAUAUUAUAUUUCUUGUGAUAAUAGUAACAGCAACGAUUCUGGUUGUUGCUGGUCUACUUUAUGUAGGAUUCUAUUAUUACCGGAGACAGAAGAGAUUGCUUGAAUAUCCUACAGAAAUCUCGGAGGGCGAUACUUUCCUGGACGGUUUUUCAGGGAUGCCUGUUCGUUACACUCAUCGUGAACUUUGUAAGGCAACUAAAAACUUCUCUAUAAAGGUUGGCCAAGGAGGAUUUGGCUCAGUCUACCAAGGUGAGAUGCCAGAUGGCACCCAAUUGGCUGUUAAAAAAUUGGAGAGCAUAGGACAAGGAAAGAAGGAGUUCAGAGCUGAAGUUAGAAUCAUUGGAAGUAUCCAUCAUGUGCACCUGGUCAAGCUCAAAGGUUUCUGCUCUGAGGGUGUUCAUCGGCUUCUUGUCUACGAGUUCAUGGGCAAAAGAUCUCUAGAUAAAUGGAUAUUCAAGAACAAAGAAGAAAGUAGCAUUUUGGAUUGGAAUACAAGAUUCAAUAUUGCAAUGGGUACAGCAAAGGGAUUGGCUUAUCUGCACGAGGAAUGUGAAUUCAAGAUUGUGCACUGUGACAUAAAACCUGAAAAUGUUCUUCUUGAUGAUAAUUUCAAUGCCAAAGUUUCAGAUUUUGGCUUGGCUAAGCUUAUGAGCCGUGAAGAAAGCCUGGUAUACACAACCCUGAGAGGUACAAGGGGAUACCUUGCACCAGAAUGGAUUACCAACAACCCUAUAUCAGAGAAAAGUGAUGUAUACAGCUAUGGUAUGGUCUUGCUUGAGAUAAUUGGGGGUAGGAAGAGUUAUGAUUCGGGAGAAAUACCCGAGAAAGCUCAUUUACCUUCUUUUGCCUUCAAGAUGUUGGAAGAAGGAAAUCUGAAAGAAAUCCUUGAUCCUAAGCUAGUCAUUGAUGAAAAUGAUGAAAGCAUUGUUUCUGCUAUAAAAGUAGCACUUUGGUGCAUACAAGAAGAAAUGCGUUUAAGACCACCAAUGACUAAAGUGGUUCAGAUGCUUGAAGGUCUGUGUGAUGUACCUCAGCCCCCAAUGUCUUUGGGCCCAGGUGCUAGGGCUUACUCAGGCUUCCUUAAAUGGAGCGGUAACGAGGGUACAUCAUCAGGACUAACAGAGUACAAUAGUGAUGCAUCGUUGUCUGACAUUAGACUAUCAGGUCCAAGGUGAUUCAAGCCAUUUGUUUUAGUUGGAUAAUGGGAUAUGUAUCUACAAAGUACAAAGAUUUGUAAGCGUAAAUUUUUGCAGUAUGCAUGGUUUAUAUGAUUUCAUUUAUGGUGUAAAAGUUCUCACCAGUAUGUCCAGGUUUCUAUGAUUUUUGGCUCCAGUUCAUCAAUUAGUGGACUUUAAAAGGCA